UAUCGAUAAGAGUGUGGUGGAAUUACACAGUAUUGAACAACUGUUUAUACCUUUCAGAAUAAAAAGAAGAUUUAUUACUUUACUUUUAUUAAAUUCGCAAUUGUGUAUUUUGAAAUAUAACAAACAAUAUGAAAUCGGGUUUAAGAUAAAUGCGGAGUGAUAGUGGACGUUCUUCUGGUUAAUAUUAUAUAUAGAGUGUUGCUGCUACAUAUUUACGCUUCUAUUCAGUGUAUUUGACAAAUUUAACAUUUAGCUAAUUUAUCAAGAUUGAUAAUUCAUCAAGAUAUCUCUAUCCCGUUUCAUAAACAAAAGCUUUUUUUUUAAUAAAUUGUAAGAAUGUGAAAUCUAUUGACAGUGACAGUAAGAUGUUCAUAAGAAAGGUGUAAAACACUCGCAACUUCAAUUUUACUCCCAUCGACAUGGAAUUUUCACACAUUCUUUAAAUGUUAUACAUUUAAUAAAAAAAAUAUAUAAUAUAAAAAAUUUAAACUAAUUUAUUUUUGGAGAACAUAAAAACUAAGCAAUUCCAGCCCUAUUCUUAGAUAUCUUCAAAACUGAUUUGUGAGGGAAAAUUUUGAGAGGUUUAGAAAUAAACAUUAAAAACUCACCACAAGAGGUGAAAAGCAUUUUGCUAUGAACCAGCAGUUUUAUAAAUAAAAUAAAUGGACAACCAAGAAGAGACUUUAAAAUUUGAAAGAACAACUCAGGAGCAGCUGCAUUAUUACACAAUGUUUUGCAAGCAGCAUCCUGAAUUGCAACGAGGAAAGCGAUCUUCGACCAAUCCUCAAGCACUGCAAAUGCUGUGGUCGGAGUUAGCGGAAACAUUAAAUGCCUUAAGAGGGCCGACACGCACAGCAACCAAAUGGAAGAAGACGUUAAUGCACUGGAAAAAUCAGUUGCGUUCCCGAGCGCGAAAAUUUAAAGCUGACGCUAAAAUUGCUGGUAGAGAGCACCCUAAACUUUCAAUAUUAAAAUUUGAGUAUAUAACAACGGACCCAGUCCCUUCUCCUGCUCCAUCACCAUCACGAGUUUCAGCUUCAGAUCCUGCUCCAGCACUAGCUCCAUCUCUCUCCAAAACGGCCACAUCAUCUGCUAAAUCUCCUCCCAUCCGACAUUCUCCUACACCAUCAAUUUCUAGUUCAAUCGUUUCUGAAGCCCCCAAACCAGCAAGAGUGAAAAUGCUUGGAGCAGUGUUAAAAAAAAUAGAUGCAAAUAAGAGACGUGAGGAGCAGGUCAUUGCUCUACAACAAAAAAUUUUAGAGCAGAACGAGCAGUUGACGGGUGUCUUGAAGCAAAUGGCACGGGAGAGACGGAAAGAGCAACAAAGGGUCGCGAAGCAAAACCACCAGAUGACGAAAGUAUUGAGCCAAAUGACUAAAGCGCUAACGGCAACGACAAUCGUACUCAAUAAACUUGAAAAAAAAUUAAACAAAUGAUCACAAUAAAUAGGUGCAUGUUACAAGAGAAGAACCAUUUCAGUUUUUCUCAUCUACGUGUUCUUAUAAUAGUUAAGAUUACAUAUUUUCAUAUGAAGUAUUCAUCAGAUUUUAUAUUUUUAAAAAGUAUAUUUAAUAAAAUAACUGAAUUACUUAAACAUA